GAGCUUGGCAAAAUUGAAGGUAUCAUACAUAUGAUCGGGAACUGGAGCUUAUUUGCAUGCGUUCUGGCGCUGCUGCCAGUCAUUAUAAUCGGAGAAUGCGAAAAGAAAAGAGUAAAUGGUGGUCAAAAUGGAGAACCUACAACAACAGCAGCUGGUGCUACAAAUAAUAAACCGGACGAUAAUCCUACUACAUCUACCACAACAACAGAAAGCAUAAUCAAACUUCUAGAUAAUCACUUAACAGAGAAGCUGAUAAGGGUUAUCAAUUCCAAAGAAGGAUACUUUCGUGGCAAUGAAGAAUAUGAAAAUCACAUCGACGAUGUAAUUCGAGUCAGCAAAUUGUCGGAACAAUUUUAUUCAGAGAAGUAUUUCGUUUAUAAGACAUUUGUAUCUUAUAACCAACGACGAAUAGAGCUUGAGGAAAAAAUUAGUGAACGUAUUCAUGAGCUUUGGAAUCUUUUAGAAAAGGGCAGUAAAUGUUUUGAUUUUUAUAAAAAACAGUUGUUUGCCCUCAAUAAAUCCUUAACAAAAUCAAAUGCACAGAAAGCAAACAUAUUAAUGGAAAAUAAAGAUACCUGUUCAUCAGAAGACAAUAAAAAUGAUCAAACUGAUUAUUCAGAUAACGAUAAUGACUAUAUGUUCAAUAAUGAAUAUUAUGAUUACUGAUUACUGAAUAUUAUGAUUACCGGUGGCAUCAUAUCUAAUGGAUUCAAAUUUGAUAUAUGACGAAAAUAAAAUAAAA